GUCGCAACGGGUGUUCGAUAUCGCGUUCGUUGUUCUGGUACGCGGUUUCUGGUUCAACCUUGAACGUCGCCGAGAAGGCAAUGGCGAGCGUACCUUUUUUUGCGGGAAAAUCAGCGGAACGCUGUGAUGUGCUUGUGAUACCCUUGGAUUAAAAGUGCUUCAACUCGAUUAAGUAUUUAAAAGGACAAAGCUACAAAGGAGGAGAAUCAAUCGUCUCAGAGACGAUUCUUUUGCCGUUCGAAGCCACUCUUGCCAUUUGAAGGAUCGACGUUAUGGCGAGGCAACAGACUGUGGACCGGAACAUUCCUCAUUUGCGGGACAUCUUCGGCUUCGGCAGCAAAUGGGAGAACACACGUGGGCAAGCCGAGGAGAAGGCGCCCGGGCACGAUAGCGCCGUAUCAGUAGGUUCGACAUCAGGCGAGGAGGAGAGCCCGAAGAACAGCAAGAAGAAGAAGUCACGUCGCCGCGAUAACAGCAAAACGCUGACGGAGAGCGAUGUGAAACACCUGGAGCGGCAUCUCUCGAUGAAGAAGACCAUACGCAAGAAGAUCAUGCGUGAUCUGCAGCAGGCCUUCGUCGAGGACCCGAACGAGUUCCGUGUGGACGACAUACCGCCGGAACAACUCAAAGCAGAGAUCAAUAUCCAGAGCCUGAGCUUUGGCACGCCGUCCCAGAAGCAGGGACGCACGCGUGGCAACGCAGAAAGCACGUUUCUCGACAUGCUACGCGGUGGUGGUCUAGAAAAAAAUGGCACGGACGGCGACAGGGAUUCGGGACACGGCGGAUCGCCGACCAGAGAGGCGCCCAGUGCCCACGACACAGACGACGAGUCCAGCUACGCGUACGAGACACCGGCCGCAACACCCACGAAAAAGAGUGGCAACUUCUGGAGACGCUUCACUAUGAAGAAUCGUAACAAGCGGUAAAUCCGCGGAUUCACCGGCAGCAGCAGUCAGCGCGAACAGAGAGUACCGAUACUUUAUAUUCUCCGUCAUCUUGAUAAUUUUUACCAACGUAGUUAACGAAGCAGAGCUUGCAACUGUGAUAUACAUGAAAACCAAUUCAUCUCUACCUACCCUCCUUCUCCUGAGACGAUCUUCCUGUCGAAUUUUAAGAGGUUCCCGAAAUUCAAUCCCACGACCGAGGACCAAGAGACCGAGACUGCCUUUACGGCAAGACCGGAUGUACAAAUUUCGGACCUAAACAUGUAAGUUUUUUAUACGAUACGAUACAGUAAAAGUACGAUACAGUACAUUUUGAACUUUUUUAUCAAGUGUGCUACCACACAUAUCAGGAUAUACAAUUAUUGUGGAGCUCGAAAGACAUAUAAUAUAUUUCUUAAAUUAUAAAAUAAGGAUAUUUCGAAUAAGAAUUCAGAAAAAUCAUAAAGCGUAAAAAGGACUACGUAUUUAUUUAUAUUUUAAAGACACACACAAAAGAUAUAUUACUUUGCGUUUGAAGCUCUCGAUUCCUCGUAGUGAAGCUAAAUAUUCAUGUUGACAGGUAAUUUACACCACACAGUUUUAGCUGCAUUUUCUUGCGCUUUCUGUAUUUAAAAUGUAUAACGCAUAUGUAUAUUCAGGCUUUGGAAAAAGAGAGGAGUAAGCAACGAAGCGUAGAAAAUGCAACUAGGAUGAAGAGAUCUCUAUUUAAGGAUUGUCCGAUCAAUUUCGCCGAACAUGUACCCUUUCGAAAUAUCGGGGGAACUUCUUAAAACUCUCCGACUCGGAACGUAACAUUCGAUGUGCCCGGUAGCGUAAUCCCCAUCUUCUGACAUGUACUUAAAGAAAAUGUAAGAAUAAAAAACGGAGGCAGCGACACGACAGGUAAUUACGUGCAUAAUAUUUAAGAAUAGUUAGUUUAAUUUCUCUUAACGUUAAGAAAGGCGGAAGAGGCAGUUAUGGGCGAUGAUCUGUAAUGAGCGUAAAGAAGGGUACGUGCGCAUGUACGUUACCCAGUUAGUAUUAGCUAGUCAGCAACGCUAAGAUGUAUAUCCGAGAGAGACCCGGUCGAUUUUCUUACUGGCAAAAUCGAAUUUGAUAUCACUUCUUUGUAACGAACUCGAAAGUGAAAUAUUUUUUAACUACUUUUUACCAAUUUGGAAAUUUACAGUCUUAAGAUCAUUCGUGAGACAAAUUACGUACACACAUAAUACACACACAUAUAUACACAUAUACGUAAGGAACUCACUGAAUUACGUCGUUUAGAUAUGACGCAUUGCAUUUUUCGACGUUAAGCUAUUGGUGUUUACCGAAAUCGUAUUGUUCCUACCGUUUUUCGAGGUAUCUCGUUAGUAUUAUAGUGUUAUCAUUCACAAUGUCGAUGACGGUUUACACGUUCUCAUCUAACCGUUGUGUGUACUCCCUCUCUACUAUAAUAAUUAUUAUUAUUCCUUUUAAUAUUAACUGCAAUGCUAUACUAGCUUUAAAUGUAUCAUACUCGAGAUCCACCUCAUGUAAGAGCAGCAAUAUACUCGAAUAAAAGUCCCAUUUGGACAUUA